AUGGCCCUCCCCAACGCCCUUCAGCACGUCUCCAGCAUGGCACUGGGUGAGUGGACCACCACCACAACAACAACAACAACAACAACAACAACCACUGACCGCUUCUCCCAGCAAGCGCCGCGGCCGUCGGCGGGCUGGCGGCCGUCUAUCUCGACGGCAAGUAUCAACUUCGCCAAGAGUUGGACGUGAUCCGCCGACUGAAACGCGCGGAACGGGCAUAUGCCAAAGCAGGUGUGACGUGUGACACGGCGACGCCCACCUCAUGGGCUUCAUGCUGCACGGAAAUACUGACUCCCGCAACCAGCCCAACAAGACCGACUCUCCCCGUGGUACCUCGUCGCCGACACGUGCAGGCGCCAGCCACAUGCCCGCGCCAUCUGGACACGCGAACGACAAUACACCUUCCGCGAAUUCCACGAUCAGACGGUCCGCUAUGCCCAGUGGAUGCUCGCGCAGGGCAUCAAGCCGGGUGACCUCGUCGCCCUCUACCUCCACAACAGCGCCGACUUCCUCAUGCUCUUCUUCGCCACCCACUGCAUCGGCGCCGCCCCGGCCCUGAUCAACUACAACUUGGAGGGAAAUGCUCUCAUGCAUUGUCUCGAUGUAGCCGAUAGCAAGUUGCUCAUCAUCGAUCCGGACUCGGGUUGUCAACAACGAAUCGACGGAAGUCGACAGGAAAUCGAAUCGGCCGGCGCAACCAUCUUCACCCUCGACGCCGCCCUGAAGCAAUCCAUCACCUCCCUCGCCCCCACCGUCCCACAAGACUCCUACCGCGCAGGCAUGAAGGGCGACUCGUCCUACGCCCUCAUCUACACCAGUGGCACGACCGGUCUGCCCAAAGGAUGCCCAUUCCAAGUGAAUCGCAUCUGGCUAGCCGGACCCCAACUCGAACCACUCUACGGAACGGUACAGGGCAAGGACUGCUGGUACGACCCCAUGCCCUUCUACCACGGCACAGGCCUCGGAAUCUCCACCGUCGCCCUGAUCAGCGGAGUCGCAGUCGCCAUCGCACCACGCUUCUCCGUGAGCAACUUCUGGCCCGACAUCCACGACAGCAAGGCCACCUGUUUCGUCUACGUCGGCGAGACGGUCCGCUAUCUCCUCGCUGCGCCUCCCCACCCUCUGGAGAGGAAACACAAUCUCCGAAUCGCGUAUGGCAAUGGAUUGCGGCCCGAUGUCUGGUCGAGACUGCAGGAACGAUUCAACAUACCCGAGGUUGUGGAAUUCUUCAAUUCCUCCGAGGGAGUCUUCACUCUGGGCGUCCAGGCUCGCGGGCCCUAUCUCAGUCACUGCGUCGGUCAUCACGGGUUGAUUUUCCGCACUCUGCUUCGGAACACCUACAUUCCCGUGAGGACUGAUGCGGAGACGGGCGAUAUUUGGCGGGAUCCAAAGACGGGCUUUGCCAUGCGGUUGCCGUAUGAAGAAGGAGGAGAGAUUCUCGUCGGGAUUCCGAAUAAGGAGGCUUUCGGUGGGUAUUGGAGGAAUCCCGAGGCGACCGAGAAGAAGUUCGCAACGGAUGUGUUCAAGAAGGGAGACCUCUAUUACCGGAGUGGCGAUGCGUUGCGGCGAUCAAACGAUGGUCAUUGGUAAGUUCUCCCCUGCCUCCCCUCCACCUCCUCUCCCCGAUCCAGUCCAGUCCAGUCCAACUCACAUCAUUCUUCAUCUUCAGGUACUUCCUCGACCGUCUCGGCGACACCUUCCGCUGGAAAUCGGAAAACGUCUCGACGGCCGAAGUCGCGCAGGUCCUGGGCCACUUCCCGGGCAUCACCGAAGCAAACGUCUACGGCGUCUCGCUGCCCAACCACGAAGGCCGAGCCGGCUGCGCCGCCCUCAACCUCUCCCACCCGAUCAACUACACCGACCUGCUGGCCCACUGCCGCAAAGAACUGCCCAAAUACGCCGUCCCCGUCUUUUUGCGGAUCGUGGAGAGGAGCAGUCACACGCAUAAUUCCAAGCAGAACAAAGUCGGCUUGCGCAAGGAAGGGGUGGAUUUUGAUCUGCUGGGCAAGUUUGAGAAGGGCGGCGAGGCGGACGUCUUGUUGUGGUUGAAGGAUGGGCGGUAUGCGGAAUACGAAAGGGGGGAUUGGGAGAGUAUUAAGGGCGGGAGAGCGAGGUUAUGA